UUCCGGAAGCGCGAGCCGAUCGACGCGUUUCAACCGCAUCUUAACUCAAUGGCAGACACUGAAAAAUUAAUCCAGGCCGUUUAUUCGUACCCGGUGCUUUACAACGUUUCACUGCACAGUUAUCGCAGAUCUGAGAGGAGGGCGAAAGCGUGCAGGAAGGUCGCCGCGUCUAUAGGUCUCUCCGUGGUAGAAUGCAAACUAAGAAAUGAAGAAGAUGGGCAUCACCUACACUACUGGACACACAGAGAAACCUUUUCAUUCCUGGAUGCUCAUAUGAGGAAGAGAAAGCGACGAAGUGGAGGAGAGGGACCUGAGGAUGUGAACCGAACUUGUCAGCAGUUACCUGAGGAGCAAAACCCUAUUGACACAAAUGCAACUUUGCUCGCAGCAUCAGCAUCACCUGCAUACUUCAAUGGAAAGAUUGAAGAACAAGAAAUUGUAAGGAGCAUUGAUAAACCAACGCUUAAUAGAGUCCUUGAUGAAGAUGAGCUGUUUCUCUUGAGUUAUGUCCCUGCCCUGAAAAGACUGACACCACAGAAGAGAGCUGCAGUCAAAAUGAAAAUCCAGCAGAUUAUGUUUGAUGCUGAAUUCAAGGAUGAAUUUCCGGGAGAACGUUCCGCUCGACGCGUCGCACGCGGCAACUCAAUAAACUCAAUGGCCGUGGCAGAGAAACUAAUUCAGAGCGUGUACGCGUACCCGGUGCUUUACAACGUUUCGUACCGGGAUUACUGCAGCUCUGAGAGGCGGGCGAAAGCGUGGAGGGAGGUCGCCGCGUCUGUGGGACUCUCCGUGGUGGAAUGCAAAAGAAGAUGGAAGAGUUUAAGGGACAGGUACAUCAGAGAGAGGAGACUGUGCGCACUAAGAAAGGAACAAGGGGGACGUCGCCUUCACUACUGGCCGCACAGAGAAACCCUCUCAUUCCUGGAUGCCCACAUCAGAAAGAAAAAGCGGGAUGGCGAAGCCGAGGGUUCGGAAGAUCUGGAUGACGUGGCUGGAAGUGGUCAGGAUUCACCUGAGGAAUCACUCGACGAGUCCAGCGGUGGCGAUUCAAAGCCGGUCGAGUCAACCUUGGACAAGUCGAAGGAGGUCGAUUCCAAGUCUGAACAGUCCAAGUGUGACAAGUCCAAAACAGAAGAAACAAAGGAAUUCAUGUCUAAUUUCCCAGAGACGAAGCCUUCGAUGUCUCCUCAGAUAAAACCAAAUAUCACAGCUCAGUUAAAUCCCUUGUCACAAUUGCCCCUGUCUUUUGUGACACAGCUUGCCCCCAUCAAACAGGUCCAACAAAUGACCCAGCUCGCUGUGGUCACCAGUCUGCCGCCCGGUCUGAAGGUCUCGCGGGCAUCAAAUACACUUCCACAGCAAAUCCCCAUUAAAACAAACAUAUCUUCCCCUGUUCUCACAGCAUCAGCAUCACCUGCAAACGUCAAUGGGAAGAUUGAAGAACAAGAGGUUGUAAGGAGCAUUGAUAAACCAGUGCUUGACAGAACCCUUGAUGAAGAUGAGCUGUUUCUCCUAAGUUAUGUCCCUGCCCUGAAAAGACUGACACCACAGAAGAGAGCUGCGGUCAAAAUGAAAAUCCAGCAGAUUAUGUUUGAUGCUGAAUUCAAGUGAUUGAAAUGUUGUGUAAGUGAAAUAUCCUUUCCAGCAACCUUCUUAACAUGUAAAGUUGAUUUUUUUCACUUUCCUAACAAAUGUAAAUACAAUUGUACCCCCUAAGAUUAUUUCUAUAAUGGAUUUGUUCACGAGAUGCUUUAUUUCCGUAUGUAUUUAAAUGCAGCAACCUAUCUGGCAUUAAUGUUUGUGGUAUUUGGUUUUGUUUAAUUCUUUUUUGGUCAAACAACCUUGUAUUGUAGAAAACAAUGAAACUGCUUCUUCAUAGAUUUCAGUCCAUUUUUUAUUGUAAAGUGUAGACGUACAAUAUUGCUGAACAGUAAAUGAUAAAUACAAGGUUGAAUGCAAUAGCCUGUUGUCUUUUUUUGAGCAAACAUUGAUU